GAGCAGUGGCAUGUCAGAGCAUAGACAUUUACCUUUUGAAGGCGUUAAAGAGCGAGGCAAACACUCACACGGGAAGCGGCAUGGACUGGAAAGGCCAACGCUCAUGACAGCUGCAUAGAAACGGGGAAAAAACCCUUUAUAUUAGGAUGAUGGUUGAUUCCAGUGGCCCACAGAAAGACUGGUACUCAAUACUAGGUGCCUGUCCAACAGAUGACAUUAAAGAACUCAAACAGAAGUAUCAGAAGCUCAUCCUCAUGUUUCACCCGGACAAGCAGAGGCCGGGCGUAUCAGAAGGUGAAGCGGAGCAGCACCUGCAAAGAUUCAUUGAUGUUGAUCAAGCUUGGAAGAUCUUGGGUAAUGAGGAGAGCAGGAUGGAGUACAACCUUCAGCUACGCGCAAAUGAACUGAAACAGAACUGGCCAGUGGAUGCUCAUAUAACCCUUGAAGACAUGAAUUGGGAUUCUGACACUGAGUGUUACACGUACAGCUGCCGCUGUGGAGGAGAAUUCAUCUUGGAGAAGGAUGACUUAAAAGAAAUGGAAACAGUUGUGUGCUGCGAUUCCUGUUCGCUCAGCAUUGAAGUUAAGAAGGUCACAUGAAACUUGGAUAUGUUCAGUGAGAUUCUUAUUGGAGUAUUAUUUAGCUCUUUUAAAAUGGGACGUAUUCUUUGGACACGGUUAAUUUUAACAGGAAGUCAACCUCAUUCUUAACUGAAUGUGGCACCAAUGAGAAACUAUUUGUUUAUUAAAUAUUUAUUCAUGAAUUCAAAAGACAUUUCUUUCUUAAUGCUCUUCUAAUGGUCUCCACAUAGAUGUUAAAAUCAACUAAUCACCAAAUAACCAGAACUGGUUUCCAGAAAUGGGCCACACUACACUCACAGUGUCUCAGAAAGCCCGUUGUUUCCUCUGAGAUAGACAAGCUCUUUUUACAGACCAGACGCUUACCAACAAGAAAAUAAAAAACGUUCUGUUUGUUCCCCAGCCCCCUCCUUUCACUCCCCUGUGUUUCAGAGAACCAGGCGGCUCAGUAACCUCUUAGCUCUUGUCAACUUUGUUUGCAUGUAAAUAAAUGCACUUUUUUCCUCCUCUGACAA